GUGAUCCAUUUCACGUCAACAGCAGGUAGGGAGAUAGGAACAGGAACAGAUGCUGAUUGUUUCAUCUUUAGCUCAUUUUCCUCUCUUUGCUCUAAAUCCCAUUGUCCAACAUGUGGUGAUCGACCAAGGAAUAAUGGGGUCAUCUCUUCAUGCCUGGAAUGCUUCCUCUCUGGUGAUAAACUAUACCGUUUUAAAUAUGGUGUAUCAACAUGUGUCUUUCUUGCCCAAGUUAGAGGAACAUGUACUACUGCCCCUUCUGAUCAGCCAGGGGAUGUCCUUCACCGUGCUGAACUUCUUCUUAGUAACGGUUUUGGAGAUUACAAUCUUUUCAAGAACAACUGUGAGGAUUUCGCAAUCUACUGCAAGACGGGUUAUGUGAUCCUAGGAAAGGCCGUAGGGCGCAGUGGUCAGGUAGGUGGUCUGGUAGCUUCAGUUUCUGCUCUAUCAUAUGCUUGUACAUAUUCUGUCAUGUGUCCGUCUCUUGCACCUAUUGGUCUGGUAGCGUACUGUGUUAAAAGGUAUUCUGCUGAUAUUGGAGUCCGCAAGGAUGCGGUGAAAAUAGCUGUACAGAAGAUUGUUUCCGGUGAUAACUCUCUGAACCUGCAUUACUCAAAAUGGCUUCUUGCAUGAGACCAAAUUCUGAAUUUAGUUAAGCAAAAAUUCUUGAUUUGAACCAAGUGUUUUAUGAUGUGUACCUCACUAUUCUUAUCAUUUCUGAGACACUACUUAUUAUCAAACACCUUGCUGUGAUUCUUUCCCUUCUAUUUGGAUCUAUGUUGAAAGAACUUAUCCUGCAUCGUCUGUUGCAGGCCUAUCUUUUGAUUUGA